GCGGUAGUUCGCCGUACCGCUGUUUGCCAGCGGCUAAUGAACCCCCGAAGAAGAAGACAAAAGGGAACGAAUAAGAAAAAGGAGUCUGUCAUCGUUUUGCAAGACAACUCUCGCCUGGUCUUCAUUUUUUAAAAUACAUUUAUACAUAUAUAUAAUUUUAGAUAUUUAAGGGUCCUGGGAAGAGGCCGCGAUGGGUGACAUUCGCCAGUCGCUGCUGCCACGGGACGUGCUCAGCGCUGCCAAGGAGCUGCUGUACCACCUGGACAUUUACAUCUGCAACCUGGUGCAGUCCGGCAGGCAGCCUCCUCAGGUGGACUCCAAGACCCUGGAGCUGGUCGAGGAGUUCAUCCUGCACGCCCCCAAGGACCGAAGCGCCCCGGCCAGAAGGAUGAGCGCCCUCCAGGAGCUGCAGCUGUUGGAGAUCAUGUGCAGCUGUUUCCAGGAGCAGAGUCGAGACGCCGUCCGCCAGCUCAUGUUCUCCGCCCUCUUCAGCCUGCAGGGAAACCAGGCGGACGAGAGUCGCAUGGCCCUUCUGGGCAAGCUGGUUUCCAUGGCCAGGACGCAUCGCGUCUACUGCGUGCGCCUGGCGCAGGUGCUGGUGGACGACUACUGCAGCUUGGUUCCGGGUUCUGUGUCCACGCUGCAGAACAUCCACGCCGCCAGCCCGCGCUUCUGCUGCCAGUUCGUCACCGCUGUCACCACCCUCUACGACCUCACCUCAGGAAUCCCAGAGCCGCCUCGAGACCUCAGCGACGUCUCCGUGCUUUCAGAGGAGCUCACCCCUCCGCCGGAGCUCCUCCAGAUGAUCGUCUCCUGGAUCCAGGACGACCCCCGCCUGGUCCUCAUCGCCUUCCUGAACACGCCCCUCUCUGGCAGCCAGCCAAUCAGCUCUCUCGACGUCACGCCGCUGGGGGGGCUGGUCCGCUGGUGCAUCAAGGCGCCGCUGGUCUACAAGAGGGACAAGAAGCAGCAGGCGCCGGCGGACGGAAGCGGUCAGAGCGAGGCCGAGGCCGGAGCGCUCUUCUCGGCGCUGCACCUGAGCGUCCUGCAGGUCUUCAUGCUUUUGCCCGCCAUCCUGAAUGAGAAGGGCCUGUUCGGCCGCCUGGCGCUGCUGCAGGUGGACUCUCUGGCAGCGCUGACCUCCGACCUCUCCCGGCUCCUCGACCAGGCCGACAAGCACACGCACGUUCUGCUCCAGUUGGUGCUCUCUGGCCCGGUGCUGUACUACAACAACAUCCACACCCCCCCGCUCGCCUUCAGCCCGCACGCCACUCACUCGCCCAUCGCCUCACACCCCCCCCUCCCGACACACGCCGCGCACUCCCCGCACGCAGCCCUGGCCGCGCACCCCGCCUCCCACGCCCAGUACCCCGCUCAGCCCUUCAUGACGGGGAUGCCGUUCCCGUUUCGGCCCAGCCACUAAUAAGGAAGGAGGAGGGGGAAAAAAAGAGGAGAGGUUCAGUGUGGAUGAUUGUGUGUGGUUAGUCUGUGCUUGUUGUCUGCUUGGUGUCGUUGUGUAUGAAUCUGUGUGUCCUGUGAGUGAUUUACCAUGGUGUCGCCGUUGAAUAAAUAUUUUUCUACUUUAUCAUGGCGCCGUUCUCGCUCUCCUCCAGUAGAGGUCACUGUUGU